AAAUCCGUCUGGAGUCUGCCAAUAAUAGGUCGAGCUGAGCUCAGCUUCAAUGCUACAUUCUGGAGGCAGUACAGAACGAAGUCCCCAUUCCGAGUAAUCUCUCAUAAAUACAGAGAAGAAGAGAAGCUGUAUGCCUACAAUAUAAUAGGCUGCAUCGUCGAUUAAUUACAUGGACUCAAGAGAAAGCUAAUUCUUUUGGCGGAUGAAUAUAAUUGCAUAGCCUAUUAAACGGCUUGGAAGCUCACAGUCGCAGAGACAGAACAUCAAACACAGUUGGCUCUUCGCUACAAAUCUGACCUAGGCUACCUGUGUAGAGGGGUUCGUUUUUACUUAUAUCCUGAAGUUGGUAUCAUCACUAGUUUUCUCGUGUGCUUUUCUGUCGGGAUUAUAUUUGUUUGUAGUAAACGGCUGCCGAGUGCGACUGGGAUACGCGUCUGCAUCGGGGAUUGAAUUGAUACAUCCCAAGCGACCGGAAUUCAGAUUGUGAAUAAACAAGACAUUGUCCAGGGUAACGUAACCGCACUCUACAACCCAAUACAUCUGGGCAAACUGAACGUGUAUUUCGGCAGCAGAGAGCAAAACUAAACCUGCAUAAUGCCUCUUGCAAAUCUUGCGGAGCCCUGGCCCCAAAUGGAACUAGUUACACUGGACUCAGAGAAUGGGCAAAGCGUCACAGAGGAAGGGGUCACACCUGCUGGUCACAAGGACGAUGACAUCAUCAAGGAGAUCAAUAUCACCCACGUGGUCAAGGAGGGCUCGGAGAAAGCCGAUGCCCGCCAGUUUGAGCUGCUUAAAGUGCUGGGCCAGGGCUCCUUUGGCAAGGUGUUCUUGGUGCGGAAGGUGACGCCGCCCGACGACAACGAGCUGUACGCCAUGAAGGUCCUGAGAAAAGCCACCCUCAAAGUGAGAGACCGGGUGAGGACCAAGAUGGAGAGAGACAUCCUGGCAGACGUCAACCACCCCUUUGUGGUCAAACUCCACUAUGCAUUUCAGACAGAGGGAAAGCUCUACCUGAUCCUGGACUUUCUGAGAGGAGGAGAUCUCUUCACCAGACUGUCUAAAGAGGUGAUGUUCACAGAGGAGGAUGUGAAGUUCUACCUAGCAGAGUUGUCACUGGGCCUGGACCACCUGCAUAGCCUGGGCAUCAUCUACAGAGACCUCAAACCUGAGAACAUUCUACUGGAUGAAGAGGGCCAUAUCAAACUCACAGAUUUUGGCUUGUGUAAAGAGGCUGUUGACCACGAGAAGAAGGCCUACUCCUUCUGUGGAACGGUGGAGUACAUGGCACCAGAGGUGGUGAACAGGCAGGGCCACGUACAGAGCGCCGACUGGUGGUCGUUUGGGGUACUGAUGUUUGAGAUGCUGACCGGAUCGCUGCCGUUCCAAGGGAAGGACCGCAAAGAGACCAUGAACCUCAUCCUGAAAGCAAGAUUGGGAAUGCCCCAGUUCCUGAGUUCAGAGGCUCAAAGUCUCCUACGAUCUCUGUUCAAGAGGAACCCCACCAACAGACUGGGCUCGGGGGCGGAUGGUGCAGAGGAGAUCAAACGCCACACUUUCUUCUCCACCAUCGACUGGAAUAAACUGUUCCGGCGAGAGAUCCCGCCCCCGUUCAAGCCGGCGGUGGCCCGGCCAGACGACACCUUCUACUUCGACUCAGAGUUCACCUCCCGCACACCCAAAGACUCCCCAGGCGUUCCACCCAGUGCCGGAGCCCACCAGCUCUUCCGGGGCUUCAGCUUCGUCGCCCCGGCCAUGUUGGAUGAGGAGGGGGCCAAGGAGCUGGCCAAGCCCACACCACACCCAGUGGUCCAGCAACUCCAUGGGAAGAACGUGUUGUUCAGCGAUGGCUACAUGUUAAAGGAGGACAUUGGCAUGGGCUCUUUCUCUGUCUGCAAGCGCUGCGUCCACAAAGCCACCAACACAGAGUACGCCGCCAAGGUGAUUGACAAGACCAUGACAGACCCCUCAGAGGAGAUCGAGAUCCUGCUGAGAUACGGCCAGCACCCUAACAUCAUCACCCUGAAGGAUGUGUAUGACAAUGGGAAGCAGGUGUAUCUGGUGACAGAGCUGAUGCGAGGCGGGGAGCUGCUGGACCGGAUCCUCAAACAGAAGAUCUUCUCAGAGCGAGAAGCCAGCGCCGUGCUCCACACCAUCACCAAAACUGUAGAAUACCUCCACGUACAGGGGGUUGUCCACAGGGACCUAAAGCCCAGUAACAUCCUUUAUGUAGAUGAGUCGGGGAACCCUGAGUCUAUCCGGAUCUGUGACUUUGGUUUUGCCAAGCAGCUGAGAGCUGACAACGGCCUGCUGAUGACCCCAUGCUACACUGCUAACUUUGUAGCCCCGGAGGUGUUAAAGCGUCAGGGCUAUGACGAGGGCUGUGACAUAUGGAGUCUGGGAGUGUUGUUGUAUACCAUGCUGGCUGGCUUCACGCCGUUUGCCAACGGGCCCGAGGACACUCCAGAUGAGAUCCUGAGCAGGAUAGGCAGCGGUCACUUCACUCUAACAGGAGGCAACUGGGACGCCGUGUCGGACGCAGCCAAGGACCUGGUGUCUAAGAUGCUUCAUGUGGACCCCCACCAGCGGCUGACUGCCAUGCAGGUCCUCAAGCACCCCUGGAUCGUCCAGAGGGACAAGCUGUCCAACAGCCAGCUGCAGCACCAGGACGCCAAGCUGGUCAAGGGGGCGAUGGCGGCAACCUACUCUGCCUUGAAGAGCUCCCAGCCCACCCCGGAGCUCAAGCCCAUCGAGUCGUCCUUCCUGGCCCAGCGACGUGUGAAGAAGCUCCCCUCCACCUCUCUUUAGGUCCACCAGAGAGAGACCAUGGAGACUCUAGCUAGAACACCCCCAGUCAGUCAGUACAGGAACAAGUCACGGGACUGAAGAGACAAGUAGAUCACCUCUAUCUAACCAGCCAAGGACCACUGACUGUACUCUGCUGUAGUCUCCUCCCCUGCCAGUGAUAUCAGUACUCUGCUGUAGUCUCCUCCCCUGCCAGUGAUAUCAGUACUCUGCUGUAGUCUCCUCCCCUGCCAGUGAUAUCAGUACUCUGCUCUAGUCUCCUCCCCUGGCAGUGAUAUCAGUACUCUGCUGUAGUCUCCUCCCCUGCCAGUGAUAUCAGUAGUCUCUAUUUCCUCCUGGAUGGGCGUGGGGGCAUGAUCACUUGAUGUCAAUCACUCUGGACUAGCAACAGGACAUGGUUGGGGAUGAGGGGCAGUGGGGUAGGCGCAGGUUAUGGCAAA